AUGGCAGCAACUCAAAAGCUGUACCCUCGGGGAACCGUCAAGCGCAUCGUCAAAGCACACUCCAACCGGAGCGUGAGCAAGAAUGCCGAUAUCCUGAUCUUUCUCGACUAUAUGCUAUUCAUGCAAGAGUUAAUGCGCGAAGCUUCGAUCCGAUCGCGAAAGUCUGGCGAGAAGAAUAUCUCUGCGAAUGCGGUUCGCAAGGUCACUGAGAAAACACUGCGCAAAUUUCAGGGAUAA